AUGGAUGCAGUUAGCUGCAAUAAACCUGGUUGUUUCUUUAUCGAUGGUCCAGGUGGCACUGGGAAAACAUUCUUAUAUAGAGCUUUAUUGGCUAAAAUUAGAUCUGAAGGUCAUGUUGCUUUGGCUACAGCUACAUCAGGUAUUGCAACAUCAUUAUUGCUUGGUGGCAGAACAGCUCAUUCGCGUUUUAAAGUACCUUUGGAUGCGGCUGAAGGGUUUGUAUGUAAGGUUAGUAAACAAAGCUCUUUAGCAGUGCUGAUUAGGAUUUGUAAGUUGAUUAUAUGGGAUGAGGCUCCAGUGGCAAAGAAAUCUGCAAUUGAAUCCUUGGAUAGUCUACUUAGAGAUAUAAUGGACUGUUCAACUACUUUUGGUGGUAAAGUUGUUGUUCUUGGUGGUGAUUUCAGACAAACUCUUCCUGUUGUUAGGCUAGGAAGUAAAACACAAACUAUUUCUGCUUGUUUAACUAAUUCUUAUUUAUGGCAAUCUCUUACCCAUUUGCAGCUAACAGAAAACAUGCGAGCUCUAUUGGAUCCUUUUUUUUCAAGUUUCCUUUUGGCACUUGGUAAUGGUAUAGGAACUCAUACAGACGAUGCGGUUGUUUCUCUACCAUCAUCAAUGCUCAUUCAGGGUUGUAAUGAUGUUAACGGUUUGGAAGCUCUUAUGAAAUAUGUUUAUCCUAACAUUUUUGUUACUCCUGCCACUUUCUCUCCCACUUGUAAUCGUGUUGUUCUAACAACUAAAAAUACUUUUGUAGAUGAGAUUAAUGAUACUUUGAUAUACAAAUUGCCCGGAGAAGAGAUUGAAUAUUUUAGUCUUGAUGAGACUAUUGAUCCAAAUGAUCAGGCCCAGUAUGAGGAUUUACUUCAUUCCUUAACACCAAAUGAGAUAAGCUAUGGAGAAUUUGCUGGAAAAGAGGUUUUGCUUCAUAGAAUUCCAUUACAGCCACCAACAGGAGAACAAUAUACAGUUCCAUUUAAAAGAUUUCAGUUCCCAAUUAGAUUGUGUUUUGCAAUGACCAUUAACAAAGCUCAAGGUCAAACACUUGAUUAUGUUGGCAUUUACUUGAAAGAACCUGUUUUUUCUCACGGUCAGUUAGAUUUUACAACAUGCUCAUCAGCUGUCGAUGUAGCUGUUGAUCUUUGCAACUACAAGAUGCAUGGUAUUUCAUUGCUUUUCAAUGAAAAAGGCUGUAACCUACUCACAUGGUAUCGAAACCACACCCCUCUGGAACAGUAUUCAAUCAGGAAGUGACAAAACUUCACCAACAAGAUGAAAUCUAAACAUUAGAUUAGGAGAUUAGGUAGACUAUAUCAUAUAUUUAAAUAUGUAAAGCUUGUAAUGUAUGC